GCCAUGGUUAUAGGCGAGCCGUUGACUGGCAGCGACUUGGUCGAUUUUCACGCCCACUUCGAUGACCUGCAGCCGGCCGAGUCGAAGAAGCACGAGGAGUACGGCGAGGAGGGUGAAUCGGAGUCGGGCGAGAAAAAGCACAGCGAGCACUACAAGGAGCAUGGCGAGAAGAGCAAAAAGGGUCACAAGCAUGCCGAGCACCAUGAGAAGGGUGAGAAGGGCCACCACGACAAGGAGGGCAAGAAGGGCGAGCACGGCGAGGAGGAGGGCCACGAAAAGAAGCACAAGCACUCGGAGAGCCAUCACAAGAAGAAGAAGAAGGGCGAAAAGGGCGAAAAGGGCAGCGAGUUCGAGGAUCACGGCAGCUACAAGAAGGGGCACUCCAUCAAGGGCAAGCACAACGUGCACAAAUUGAACGAGGACAAAAAGGAAAAGAAAUACUACGACGAGGAUCAUGUGGAGGGCGGCGAGGAGAAGCACGGCGGCUUCGAGGAGGGCAAAAAGCACAAAAAGGGCAGCAGCUAUAAAAAGGGCGAGCACAAAAAGGGCGGCCACGACGAGCACUAUGGCAAAAAGGGUCACAGCAAAAAGGGCCACAAGAAAAAGGGCCACCAGGGCCACAAGAAGAAGCACGAGGAGGCCAAGAAGUGGGGCCACAAGAAGGAGCACGGCAAAAAGGGCGGCGAGGAGCACAAAAAGAAGUGGCACAAGUCGCAAAAGAAGAGCAGCGAACACGAUCACGGACACUAG